ACAGAAGCCAGUUUAAAAAGUUUUCAAUGAUCUCUAGUGCAUGCCAAAGUAAACUGAUCACUGCAGAGGAUUCAGGCAGACAGAUGCAGCUGAUUUCUGUCUUGAAUGUUUCAGUUGAUAGGUUGGUUUUCUACAUUAUAAUUUAAAUAGAGUUCAAUAUCUGACAAAGAUUCAAAAUAAAAACACCCAAAGAACAUGCAGGAAACUGCAAAACAAUGCAAGAUCGAUCCUUUUAGAGUAAGCAAUUAUUCCUUUAAUCUCAGAAAUAUGACGUGGAUUCCAUGCUUGAUCUUGCUAUCUAUUUUCUUCCUCUCUGUUUCCAUCACAUCAGAAUCAUUUGAUGCAAUGGAAGGUGAGGCUUUUGUUGUAAAAUGCCCUAAACGAAACAGUCUGACAUUUAAAUGGUAUCACAUGGAAGGCAACAAGACCAUUCCUGCAGACGAAGGAGCACGGAUACAUUCCUCUGGGAGAUUUCUUUGGUUUCUGCCAACAGCAAAAGAGGACUCUGGAUAUUAUACCUGUGUCACGCAGUAUUCUAAUAAUCUUACAACACAUUCCAGAGUAAGUGUGAUGGUGUACCCAUACGAACGAGACAUUUGUUUUCCAAGUCAAAUACGUUAUCCAAAAGACACUGGAACUUUUAUUUCUGGUAGAGUUGUUUGUCCUACAAUAGACAAUUAUGAGAAUGCAACUCUUGUCCACUGGUAUAAGGAUUGCAAACUUCUCCAAGGAAAAAAGUAUUUCUCAUGGAACAAAUAUCUUUAUAUUAAGGCUCCAGUAAAAACUGAUGAAGGAUAUUAUACUUGCCAAUUUACCUACACAUACAGUGGAAAUGAGUAUAACGUGUCAGCAACAAGACUCUUUGUAGUUAAAAACAUCUCUGAACCUAAAUCUCCUCAAAUUAUAUUGCCAAAAGAUAAUGAUGUAAUAGAAGUAGUGCUCGGUGCCCCUAUGAACAUUUGCUGUAAAGCUUUUCUGGGGAUUGGGAACCAAAAUGUAGAAGUUGUCACUUGGGAUGUUGGUGACUUGCAAGCUAAAUAUUUAGAUCCUUUGAGGUUUCAGGAAGACUAUUACAGGUUUUCAGGAACUUCUAAAGAACAUUAUGGAGAGGCUGUGCUAAGGGUCACAGAAGUGAAACAAGAGGAUCUUCAGUCAAAUUUCACAUGUGUAGCACUAAAUGCAAAGGAAUAUAUAAUGGCCACAGUGACAUUACAAGAGUCUUGUGAGGUCAAUCAUCACCGUACCUACAUGAUCAUAGGGUUUCUUAUUUUGUUAGUUAUGAUAGUGCUGUUGAUCGUAUUUUACCAUUUUUUCCUAAUUGAUAUUGUCCUCCUAUAUCGGAAGAUAUUUAACCCCUACACAACCAAAGAUGAUGGCAAGAUGUAUGAUGCAUAUGUUAUCUACCCCACAGAUGCCACUAGCAAAGCUAAUUUUGUGGAUGAUUUUGUUCACCAGAUUCUGCCAGAUGUUCUAGAAAAUAAAUGUGGCUAUAAACUGUGUAUUUAUGGGAGAGAGAUAUUUCCAGGGGAAGAUGUAGCCAAUGCCAUUGAAACGAGAAUACAAAAAAGCAGGAGAUCAAUAAUAAUUUUAACACCCAAGCUGAUUCACUGCAAGGAGUUUGCUUAUGAUCAACAUAUUGCCUUACACUGUGCCCUCAUUCAGGAUGACAUAAAGGCCAUUGUUCUUGAAAUGGAGACAAUUGGGGACUACAAGGAACUGCAAGAAUCUCUCAGGUAUAUUAUUAAGCAGCAAGGUACCAUAAAAUGGAAAAAAAAGUACACAGCUCACCCAGGGUACUUGAAUUCUAAAUUCUGGAAACAUGUGAGGUACCAUAUGCCUCUGAGAUACAAACCUUCACAUUGAAACACGUUGUGGGCAUAGCAAGUUUUAUAAAAUUCUGUUAUUUUAUCUGCCUGAAUUGUUUCUUUACUGCCACUGUUCUUUUUGUAAAAGUCCGGACCUCUUAGUGCGCAGAUAUGGUAGAAACAGUUCAAAUUUCAAUCAAAAUAUUUUUUGAAAUUUCAAUUUUUAAAAUUUUCAGUUUCACCCAGUAAUUCAGCAUCAGGCCCAUACAUUUCUGGCUGGGCUGGAGAAUAGCUUUCAAAAAGAUAUCCAGUCUCAUUAAACUUCCAGAGAUGAGUCAAUCGGAUAGACUCCCUCAAUCCAGUAAUGUUCCCAAGGUAUUUAUUAACAACAACUGCCUUUUUACUGGAAAUGCAAACUUUGUGGGGAGGGGAGAAUUAUCCCACGGACUUCAACAGGUCUACCUAGAUUUCCCUUGUGUGAAAGGGGAGAAAUAGACUCCUUUUCACACAAUGGAAAAAUGUGCAGUAUUGGACAUUUCAGAAAUGAAAUGUUACUGACAAUGCAUACAACAACAUUGUUCAUAACUAAAUAAAAAUUGAGACUUGCACAGGCAAGGGAAAUUGACUGGCUAUACAAGGUUACUAGAAAAUGAUUCUGCACUUAGAUCUGAUAAAUGCACCAAAAUGAACUGACCAGAGAAAAAUGUUUUUUCUCUUAUCUUUAAGAUACAGCCAUUUUAGCAGUUACUAGUUUUCUUACAUGUGCAGACAGAAAUAUGAGUUUUUGGUCAUGCUGAUGGUGCCUCUUGAAGCAAAUAUAAAGAGUUUUGCUAUUAGAAAAAUAUGAGAAAUACACAUUUUUUGUUUUCUACUUUGAUGUUAUGCUUUAUUUCAAUUUCUCCUGUAAGGAAUGAGUCUGAUAUAUGAAGUCUGAAUCCAAACUUCACAGUUCAGGGCUGUAUGGCCACAAGAUUUUAGCUCAGGUCCGUUUUUGUGAUAAGCAGGGACCCUGGUUUUCUCUGAUAAAAAAAAUCACAAAUUCUCUGAUUAAAAACAAUUGCAAAUUCACUGAUAAAACCCCCCAAAUCUGUGAUUAAAAUGAAAGGCCCCUCACAACCCCCCUGGCCCUGCUGGCAUCCCUCACUCCCCCCUACAGUCUCCCCAGCCCUCCUGGUGCCCCUCUUCCAUGUGUGCAUCCAUGUAUGUGCAUGUGUGCACCUGUGCAUGUAUAUAUGUGUAUGCACAUCUAUGGGUGUACGUGUGUGUAUGCAUCUGUAUGUGCAUAUGUGCAUGCAUGUGUUUGUGGACACUGGACACACUCCCAUGGGGAGCUGGCUGGGGGCUGAGGGAGUGGGGAGGGGUUGGGGGAAGAUGUGCAGUGGCUGCCCGGCUGGCUGCAUGUGGACUGUGAGUCAGCUACUGGCCCUUAAGAGAAGCCGCAUAUCAUGAAUGAUGCGCGCCCCUGGAGGCUGGGGUGGGGGGCACAGUGGUGGCAGGAGUGUGGUGGCUGGGAGCUCCUGCAGAUGCUGCCAGUGCUGUCGGUGGCAGGCGGCGAGCAUUGACCAGGGGUUGGCGACCAUUUGCAGACGCUGCUGGCAGCAUUGAAGGCAGCCAGUGGUGAUCGCUGACACUGGAGGUGGCAGCGGCGGGGGUGAUGAGUGGUGACCACUUGCCUUUUUCUAGGGCACGCACUGCCAUGCUCAGGGGGGGCAUGUGCACUCGUGUGCAACCUUAUGCAUCACCAAUGCAACACAUGGAAAAGCCCAGCCCAGUCGGGCUGAUGGCACUGCUUGGGUUCCAGGUGCAGCCAUCCUGGCACUCUGGCCAGGAGCAGAACUUUGCACCCCAGUGGGCACUCCGGCUGGGAGUGGGGAGGCUGCAAAACCCUUGCUCCCAACCAGCUGCAACCCCCCCAGCUCCUGCAAAGUUCCCAGCUCCCAGCAAGUGCAAACCCCCCAGCUCCCAGCCAGCUGCUGCAAAACCCUCCAGCUCCCAGCAAUUCUCUCCACUCCCUUAGCCCCCAGCCAGCUUCCCCCACAGUCCUGCCUGACAAACCCCCAGGCCCCUGCAAGCCCCACUUACAACUUCACAGGCUCCAGAAGGAAAGUGAGCCUGACCCAAGACUUGGGACUGACUAAAAGCCUCAGGGCCCACCCUUCCCCCUCUCCCCCUCUCUUUCCCUCCCGGUGGGGUUGGGGCUUUCCCGUCCUUUUUGCAAUCAGCUCUUGCAGGCUGGAACUCAGCCAGCCUGCCGAGCUCUUUGCAAAAGGACGAAAUUUGCAGGUUUCCCUGCUAAAAGGAGAAAUCUGUAUUUUUUCUGAUAAAACUGGGAAAUCCAUGGUUUUCUCCGUUUUUCUGUGGGAAACAGAAAACCCGGAUCCCCAGUGAUAAGCUUAAGCCAUGUAGUGUGCAUCCUGAUCCAAACUGGAAUAUUCUCAAAAUGUGAGAGGUUCUAGUUCAGCCCAAUGUAAGAUGGGCUUCAGGUGUGACAUUUGUACACACGUGGGCCCAGAAUGUAAUGGUAACUUAAUCGAAUUCAAAUUUCCAAUUUGAACCAUACUUUUACUUUUCGUUUCACCAUCUGUUGUAUAUUUUUAUUCAGUAUAUCUGUUCUUUCAGACAUACAACUUGUUGUCCAAUGCAAGAAAAAAAGUAAAAGUAUAUAACAAUUCCACAGCUAUGUAUAGAUCUUUUUAUAAUAUACAUAACAUUCUGAAAUAUAAGAAUAAUCUAAAAUCCUUUUCCUUAUUUCAUCACUUUGUGCAACUAUCAUGGUGUUUUACUGAUGUUACUUACUCUUCCCACUCUAACCUUUCUGGCUGUUGUCUUUUAUCAUGUUUCAUAUUUUGUCCCAAUCCUGAAGUGAAUCCGUAUCAAUGGAGCCUACCACUGAGGUGGUUCUUCAUGACCUGAGAUCUGAUAGUAGGAUCAGUAGUUUUUCAGCUUCUCAGGUUAAACAUUAUGUAAUCUUCUUGCCUUUUAAAGAUUCAUGCCACUAUUAAAUGCCUCAGCAUUUGUUGCCAUUAUAAACAAUAGUAGCAAUAAUGAUGAUGAUUAUAAAGAAAUACUUUAGAUGCGUCUGCUUUUUGUAUUUUUGAUGUGUGGUACUGAAAUCAGAAAUAACAUUUCUUUUCAUUGAUAUGACUUUAUUAGCUCUGUAAUGUUUAAAAGGUGAUGACAAUAUCAUUGCUGUGUGCUUGAUUACAUUCUAUCCCACAUUUAAAAAAUAUUUUAAAACUAAAUCCAUUGAACUGUUUUUAGGGAAAACUGUACCGUAUUCAAAGUUAAUGAAAUGAUGGAUGAUUUUGCUAUACCAGGGUGAUGCAGAAAGCUGUGUUUGAUAUUCUGAUGUAAAAUGGGAUGUUUGGCAUGCUUUAUUGUUUUGUGUAGAUUUUUUUUAUUAGAACUUUCAAGAAGAACUUCAAAAUCUGGAUCAGCAGGUUCUUUUGCAGUUCAGAUGGUAAUCUAUGGAUCUGCUCAACAGAUGUGCAAGAAAUAAAUUAUUUCACACCUCAUUUGUAUUUUUGGGUGUCAUCAUGAAAAAAAGGAAACCAUGGCAAACAACAGAGAAAUUCUGACAAGAGAUAGAGAAGUAUACCUGGAUAUCUGGUUAAUUUUUUUUUUCAUUGAUCAGAUGCAGUUUUUGCUUUUUUGUACGCAGAGGAUGUUGGAAAUGUUGCGUGCUCUCUAUCUGUAGACUGUAGUUUAUUGACUUUUUUAUUAUGGCUCAACAAUUUUCCAUCAAACCUUUUGGCAGCAAAUUGAUUUUUCAACUAGAUAAAAAGUUACGUGGCGUCUACUUUCCUAAAAUAUUAUUUUUCUUGGAAGACUGAAAAGAAAAUUGGUUUGGGGGUUUUAAGCUUGAACUACAGUUUUCAUUCCAUCCAGGAAGAGCACACACCAACUGCUGCAGCUUCCUUAGCCCGACAACGGGUUUUUGAACCCGAAAGCUUGCUUAAUAACUAUUCUCCAACCAUUUGGAUUGGUCUAAUAAAAGAUAUCAAAUUCACCCAAGGAACAGUUUUCUAAGGCAUUUUACUCCCAAAUAAGAGCAUCUAUAUUGGGAUUCAAAUGCUUUUAGCUUAUAUGCAUUAACCUCACAUCUUUCACUGAUUUGCCUUGAAUUUUCUAAGUGUCCCAAUGUAGACAAGCCCUGAGAGACAACUUCAUGUUUUCAUUUUUCAAUAAAGAGUCAAAGCACCA